UCAAUUUCCAACAAACUUUUACUGUCUCUCUUCAUUACUUCUCUAACUCUGUUCUAUCACUUUAACCACAAAAUUAAUCAAGAGAUGGCUCUGGGAAGAGGCAGUGCAGUAGUGCUAUCACUCUCUCUCUGUUUCUUCCUGCUUCACUCUCACAUGGCUCAUGCUGCCACCUACACAGUCGGAGGUUCUAAUCGUUGGACCUUCAACACUGUUGGCUGGCCCAAGGGCAAACGCUUUAGGGCUGGUGACACACUUGUGUUCAAAUAUUCCCCUGCAGUUCAUAAUGUGGUGGCGGUAAACAGGGCUGGGUAUGAUGGUUGCUCGACUCCAAAAGGGUCGAAAGUGUAUCGUUCAGGGAAUGAUCAGAUCAGACUUGCUAAGGGACAGAACUUCUUCAUCUGCAACUUUGCGGGUCACUGUGAAUCUGGGAUGAAAAUUUCCGUCAAUGCUGUUUGAGUUUGUGUUCAUCACUUUCGAUAACUAUAUAUAUCUCAGUGCUUUCCUACUCAUAUACGUAUUGUAAUGCUAAUUGUGCACCCCUCUUUAGUGGGAACUUAUCUCAGUUUAAUAAGUUGAUAACAUAGGUAUGUGUGAGAAGAAAAAGGGUGCUAUCUGUGCUCUCUUCGGUAUGUUACUUAUUUUCUGUUUAAGAAUAAAAAAGUUUAUUAUUCAA